AGAGAACAGUUCCAAUUCCCGCUACCUACCGAUGCUUAUAAUUAAUUAAGUUCAAAAUUAGACGCUAAUUUGUACCCAAAAAAGGAAAACAAGACGCUAAUCCUGCUACCUUUUUCUCUCCCGCCACCUUAACCUCUAAUACCUUUUUUGCAAUCCAUUGAUCACAUUAUUAUUCAUACCGGAUUACAGCAGAAACGCCAUUCCAUUUCUCCGCCGGAGAAAUCAUCAUAACAAUGCUGUAGUCUUUAGUCCUCCGUAACGGCAACCCGUGAUAGUGAGCGUUUCCUCAUUAUUCAACAACAACGCUCCCUAUCACAUUUCUUCUCUAAAUUUCUCAUUCACAAAUAACAACAAUGACUCAUAAAUCAGACCCCACCGUCAUUUACCUUCACGGUAACCUCCAUUUAAAAAUCGUUGAAGCUCGUUUUCUACCUAACAUGGACAUGUUCUCCGAGCGUUUUCGAAGAUUCUUCUCCGCUAUUAACGCAUGCAGUGCUUCUAUAGGUGGUAAAGGUAAAAACCAUCCGCCACGUCAUCAUCACCAUAAGAUAAUCACAAGCGAUCCAUACGUCACCGUUUGUCUCGCCGGUGCCACGGUGGCACGCACGCGCGUUAUUUCCAAUUCGCAAUCACCUAAAUGGGAAGAACAUUUCAAAAUCCCUCUCGCUCAUCCUGUUUCACAAGUUGAAUUCUACGUGAAAGAUAAUGACAUGUUCGGUGCCGAUUUAAUCGGAAUCGCAACCGUUUCUGCUAAGAGAAUCUUAUCAGGUGAAGAUAUAAGCGAUUGGUUUCCGAUUAUAGGUCCGUGCGGUAAAACUCCAAAACCUGAUUGCGCCGUUCGUCUUGAAAUGAAAUUCACGAGAUGUGAUGAUAGUCCUCUGUUUCGCUCCGGUUUGGCGCCCGAACCUGAUCGGUUCGUGGUUCGGGAUUCGUAUUUUCCGGUUCGGCGUGGAGGAGCGGUGACGCUGUAUCAAGACGCCCAUGUUCCGGAUUCAAUGUUGCCGGGGAUUAAAUUGGAUGAUGGCGUUGAGUUUCAACAUGGGAAGUGUUGGGAAGAUAUUUGUCAUGCGAUAUUGGAAGCGCAUCAUAUGGUAUAUAUUGUUGGUUGGUCAAUCUACCAUAAGGUGAAGCUUGUUAGAGAACCAACCAAACCCUUACCUAGUGGUGGAAAUUUGAAUUUGGGAGAAUUACUCAAGUACAAAUCACAAGAAGGUUUGAGAGUUUUAAUGUUGGUUUGGGAUGAUAAAACUUCGCACAACAAAUUUUUCUUUAAGACGAAUGGAAUAAUGCAAACUCAUGAUGAAGAAACUCGAAAGUUUUUCAAACAUUCUUCAGUCACAUGUGUGUUGUCGCCUCGAUAUGCCAGCAGUAAGCUUAGCAUUUUCAAGCAGCAGGUUGUUGGAACGCUUUUUACACACCAUCAGAAAUGUGUGAUCGUUGAUACUCAAGCACAUGGCAACCAUCGGAAGAUAACUGCAUUUAUAGGUGGUCUAGAUCUUUGUGAUGGCCGGUAUGAUACACCCGAGCAUAGAAUUUUCCAUGAUCUUGACACUGUUUAUAAGGAUGAUUAUCAUAAUCCCACAUUUCCUGCUGGAACCAAGGGUCCAAGGCAACCAUGGCACGAUUUACAUUGCAAAAUUGAAGGGCCCGCUGCAUAUGAUAUACUCACUAAUUUUGAGCAGCGCUGGAGGAGAGCCACCAAAUGGUCUGAUUUAGGUCAAAAAUUCAAAAGAGUGUCUCACUGGGUUGAUGAUUCUUUGAUUAAGUUAGACCGCAUCUCUUGGAUUCUCAGUCCUUCUGAAUCACUUCCAAAUGAUGAUCCUGAAUUAUGGGUUUCAAAGGAAGAUGACCCUGAAAAUUGGCACGUUCAGGUUUUUCGAUCCAUUGAUUCGGGCUCUUUGAAAGGAUUUCCUAAGGAUGUGCAUGAAGCCGAGGCUCAGAAUCUUAUUUGUGCUAAAAAUCUGGUCAUAGACAAGAGUAUUCAAACAGCAUACAUACACGCUAUCAGAUCUGCUCAGCAUUUUAUAUAUAUCGAGAAUCAAUACUUCAUUGGAUCAUCCUUUGCUUGGCCAUCUUACAAAGAAGCAGGUGCUGAUAACUUAAUUCCUAUCGAGUUAGCACUGAAGAUUGUCAGUAAGAUCCGAGCCAAUGAGAGAUUUACAGUUUACAUUGUCAUUCCAAUGUGGCCUGAAGGUGUCCCUUCUUCUGCCGCUGUGCAAGAGAUUCUCUAUUUUCAGGGACAAACUAUGGAAAUGAUGUAUGAAAUCAUAGCUCGGGAGUUAAAGCUUCAUAACAUUGAAAAUAGGAAUCCACAAGAUUACCUCAACUUUUACUGUCUCGGUAACCGAGAGAAGUUUGCAACUGAAGUUUCAACUACAAAUAAUUCACAUUCGGAUAAUGGUGACACGGUCUCAGCUUCACAAAAGUUCCAACGAUUUAUGAUUUAUGUACAUGCCAAGGGAAUGGUUGUGGAUGAUGAAUAUGUGAUGGUUGGGUCUGCCAAUAUCAACCAACGAUCUUUGGCUGGAUCAAGGGAUACUGAGAUAGCAAUGGGUGCUUAUCAACCCCGUCAUACAUGGAGUAAGAAAAAGGGAUAUCCACACGGCCAGGUAUAUGGAUAUAGAAUGUCCUUGUGGGCAGAGCACUUAGGAACCAUACACGAUUGCUUCAACGAGCCUGAAAGUUUGGAAUGCCUGAAGAGCGUGAACAAGAUCGCCGAAGACAACUGGAAGAAGUUUACAUCUGAUGAUUUUACUUCAUUGCAAGGGCACCUUUUGAAAUAUCCCAUCAAAGUGAAUGCAAAUGGGAAAGUAAGCUCUUUACCUGGAUUUGAAUCUUUCCCAGAUGUCGGAGGCAAGGUGCUUGGUUCACGUUCUACUCUUCCUGAUGCUCUAACUACAUAGACAUAACUUAAUUUCAACGUAAAAUAAGUACCCAUUCUAAAAAGUAAGGGAGAGAAUUGGAUUGCAGGACGUGAUGGGCGAAAGUUUAAUGGCUCCUUGCCCUGAAUUCUUUUUUAACCAUCUACAGUAUAGUAUGCAAUAGGCUCUGCUUAUACCACAGCCACGCUGUAUAUUUUGUAUUUGAUUUUUUUCUGUAUAGAGUUGGGGGCUUCAAGUGUGUAAUAGUAAACCAUAAUUUCUUAGCCCCACACAAGGAUUUCGUUCAUAAUUGUUCCAAUGAGAACUUCACACUUACCAGGUAAAAAGUUUGUUUCAAAUUUUAUAUUUUAGAGUAUUUUCUUUACUUAAAAGUUGUGUUAAGAUCAAUAUGAAAUGGAUAUUCAUCCUCUAACAUAUAUACUAGCCUUACCAUAUUAUUCCUUCCUGAUUGGUGUAUCAUUUACCAAACAUUUUAUCUUAUGAAAGUACAGAUGUAGUAAUAGUUCACUCUUUAUUUUAUGCCAA